AUGGACCAAGUUCCAGCCGUUGAGAUGGAAGACGUCCGGGCGGAGGAGCAGUCCACCGCCACAGAUGUAACAUUGGCAAACAGCGAUGAGCCGCCGGCAGAGGACAACGAAGACAGCAAGUGCCCGACCUCCAGUCAAGAUACUGAGCUGUUCUCUUGCCAAUAUUGCGGAGAAGCUUUUGCCGAGGAGGAGGCCUACUUGAGUCAUCGCCACCAGCACCCCGAUGGAAAGUGCACUAUGUAUUUGGAGCCAAUGGACGAUUCAGAUGAGGCUGUCAAAGAUGAGGAAAGUGCUAAUUCCUGCCAAUUAUGCACAGUGUCAUUUGAUGAUAUGAAUGAAUUCAGAUCCCACAUGGAAACUCACUGUGCUCUAUCUUCUGACACCAAUCAGAUUUCUGGGUCCAUAAAGCAGAACUCCUAUGAAUGCCCUGAUUGUGGGAAAAAGUAUUCCAUGUUAGGACACUACCUCAAUCAUCAACGUACCCACAUACAGGCUCCCAAAUCUCUAUUUAACGAAUUAGAAGAAAUCCAGAAAAAGUCCUUUAAAUGUGAGAUUUGUGGACGGAAUUAUUCCCGUGCAUCAGCACUAGAUGCCCACCGACGUGGCCACGAAGAAAAGUUGUUCAAAUGCCAAUUCAGGACUUCAAAACCCAGGACUGUUACCGUUACCGAUAAGCCAGAAACCAAGGUGGUUCAAAAGCCGACUAGUCCUACUCUUGAAAAGCAUUUCAGAUGUGUUUGUGGGAAGACCUUUACUGCUUUGAUGGGUUUGAAGACACACCAGCGGUUCAGCCAAAAUUUUAAAUGCUUUACACAAGAAAGGAAUGGACAGCUGAGGAAAAAUGUCUUUUACUGUCUGGAAUGCAGGAAGGUAUUCCAUGGCCAUAUUGCCUGGUACAACCAUGAGAAAUGGCAUGAAACCCAUAAGCAAGAUUCUACAGAGCGGUUUUCAUGUGAGACGUGUGGGAAAGUGUUCAUGACCCAGACGUUCUACUACAGACAUCAGCGCAUGGCUCACAGUGGCAGUGCUCCAACAAAAUCUUUUGUCCAUCAAGUGGACCAGCUUAAGAAGAAGGCAUUUGAAUGUUCAGACUGUGGCCUCAAGUUCUCCAGACUGUCAGCGCUUCACUCUCAUGAGCUUCAGCACACCAGUGCUUUUGGAGAGACUGAUAAAUUUGCAAUGCAACAAUCUCCCCUGCUCAAUGAGAAGGAAACUUUGGAAAGAAAACAGGAAGUAACUCAUCAGUCGAGUCAUCAUGUUCUGGCAGAGAAUGUGCCUCACGAUAUUACGUCUGAAAGAGACCCAAAUGAAAAUGAGCCUGAAGAAGGUGCAAUGGAAAGUUAUGAACCUGGGGACUUUAAUGUCCUGGUGAUCAGUGCAAGUGAAUCAGAAGACGAAGCCAUCCAAGACAUCAACCCCAACCUCGAUUCAGGAUGCGGAUCUGACCACGAGGGAAGAGACAACGUUCCAGACAGUAAUGUUGUUUCAAAACCAGAGCUUGACUUGAAAAUUGUACAGGUUGAGUUUGAGCCAACCAGGGAACAGCGACCUCCAGCACAGGCAGCAGCUGAAUGCAACGAAGCCAAAGAAAAAUUUUAUUGUGCAGAAUGUUACCGGUGGUUUACUAGUGAGGCAUCACUGCGGUCACACGUAGUCUGGCACAAGUAUCGUAAGAGGAGACUUCAGAUGAAAGGUCAGUCAGUAGAUGUUUAUACAUGUAACAAUGAAGCUCGUACUUUUGCAGCUGGUCAUGUUAUAGAAUAUGAGAAUGAUACUAACCAAGAAUUAAACCAGGCAGAGUUAUUAGAGCAGAAAUCUCUGACAUGUGACAUAUGUGGUACCAAUAUUUGUCAUUUGUCCCAUCAAGGUGAUAAACAAUUACUGUGCCAAAAUUGUGAGACGUCUGGUUUGAUAAACCUCACCAGCGUCUGCUCAGACCAGCCAACAGAGAGCAUUUUGACGACAACAAAACUAUAUAAUCCCAAAAAAACUCUUUUAGGCCCCAAGAUUUACCAUUGUGAGCAAUGUGGGAAAGGUUUUUGGUCUUUAGGAGCUUUCUCGCAUCAUAAGCAAAGUCCAAGUCAGUGUGUAGAUGUGAGGCUUAGAACUGGUGUUGCACAGCCGUUACAUCGUGGACGUUCACGCUCCAGCAUAAAUGUUGCUUGCCCUGUGUGCGGUAGAAAGUUCAGACAUAAGGGAAUUAUGACGUUGCACAUGCGUACCCAUGAAAAUGGAAAUCAUGAGUGUGAGUUCUGCAACAGAUCUUUCCGUCUUUUUUCUAGUCUUAUCAGACAUCAAGUUGUGCAUAGUGAACUCCUCCCGCCACCGAGUAAGUCUUUCCAACAUCAGGUAGAGCAGCUGAAAAAGAAUGCGUACAGCUGCCCUGACUGCGGGAAGCUUUUUUCCCGCGCCAAAGCACUUAAGUUCCAUAUGAAGUAUCACGGAAAGGAGAGUGGGCAUUCGCCCUCACCACCGAGGUCAAAUGUUAGUCAGGAGGACCUUCAAUGUGUCGCAUGCCUCAAACAUUUCAGCAACAAGGCCUCAUUGCGGACGCACACAAAGUUGUGCAUUAAAACAGAGCAUUCUAGAUUGGUUUGUAAAACAGAAAACCUAAAUAAUAAUGAGUCAGUGAAAUUGUCUAAAGUAAACUUGCAAGACGGCACGGUCAAGUUAUCACCUAAUUUAGGUCAUGAAAUUAAUUACGCGCAUUUGGAAAAUUCAAAUGUUGCGUGUGGCAUAGAAAACACCAGUGAUUUGAAAUACAAAUGCAACAAGUGUGAAAAAAGAUUUUCAAUUGUUGGAGCUUUGAACUUGCAUAAAAGAGUUCACGCAAAGGGAUACAAAAAAGUAGCUAAAGCUACUUUGUCCGCAGCGCCAAGCGAGGAAGAGUUGAGGAAAGAUUAUCCCUUUCCCUGCUCAGAAUGUGGGAAGCGAUUUUUGUCUAACUCUGCUCUCGGCUCUCAUAAACGUUGGCACAGAAACGAUAGACUUUCCUCUUUUAAAGAAGAACUUUCCGAUAGCCAUUUGGCUGAUCAUCCAAUGUCCGCACUGCAGCAUGAACCUGAAGUAGGACCGCAGAGUGAAUCCUUAAACUUUAGUACAGAAGGCUCUUCUUUAGCAGAACAUAGUGACACCUCUGAAGCUGGAGAUGCUCAGAAGCUGAUUGCUAAAAAUUACCAUUGUCCCCUCUGCUCGGAACGCUUUUCCAAAGCUAUGGACCUUCGUGCCCAUACAUGGCAAGCCCACUCCAACAGUACCGAAGACAUACAACAGAGUGACUUGGGCGCUCAAAACACACGAGUGGUCAGAGUCUGUGAAAUAAAGCCUGAAAAUGUUUCCACACAAAUAAGCAAAGUCUAUGCAUCGCCUCUGAAUGUCCCAAAUCAUGACUGUGGAAAUAAGCGUGAAGGUACUGCCACACUUCCUGACCGUAAAUUAUGUUCAGGGUCUAAAGUUAUGGUGCAAUCUCUCGAGACCUUAGCUGAGGUCUCACCUAACUUUAGUUGCCUUCCAGAGCCAAUGGUCAAAUGCCUUUUCAAGUGCGGAAAAUGCGGCAAGGCCUUCCAGACUGAGGGGCAGUUAGAAACACACAAGAGUAAGGCAAAGAGUCGCCCUUUUGGUUGCGCCUUGUGCUGCAAUGGCUUUUUAACAGAGAAUCAACUAAAUCAACACCUAGCGUGGCACGAUCAGAUUCGAUUUCGGCUUCCUAAUGAGGUUCGCUUUCGCCUUAGCGCUGCUUUGAGCGCAAAGUCUGUCAAACCAGCAGGGAAGACUUUUUCUCCUGACGGGCCAAACCAACCUGCUCUGAAGCAAGAGAGCCAGUCAGUCAGUAAAAGCAUGCCUGUUAAAAAACCCUUUCAAACGUCGUCCGUGUUAGAAACCCACAAUUGCUUGCAUUGUAAAAAUGCUGUGUGUGCUUGCACUGACCCUUCUGUUACCACCAACGACUUAACGGCACUUUCUAAACAUGGCCAAGCGUCUGUUGAUGAUAGCAGAUGGCAAACUGAUGGCCCUGCUGCUGUUUUAUCAGGACAUACAGAUGCACUUACUUGUCUUGAAUGUGGAGCUACUUUUAAUCAGGAAACUGAUUUGCACCAGCACUAUACGAAACAUGCGCAAGGCAUGUAUUAA